CAUAUAAACCCCCACGAGGGUCUUCUGCACACAACCCCUCCCCGCCGCUCUCCUGCAGCACUUUUCCUGCAGCCCUCACUCUCAAAGGUCUUUAAUUCACGUUGCGGCUGACGUCGAUACUGAGAGUCGUGGAAACAUGACGGGCUUCGUGGCUUUGUUCUUCUGCGUGGCGGCGCUGACUGCGUGGAGGGUCCCUGCAGAUGCCAAGGAGUUGACCAUUACCACCAUCAAGCAAGAGCCGUACACCAUGAGCCGCGGCGGCGGCGGCUCUGAGCUGGAGGGCUACUGCGUGGAUCUGAUCUCGGAGCUAUCCAAGGCGCUGGGCUUCAGGUACAAACUGAGCCUGGUGAAGGACAACCGCUACGGAGCCAUGGACGCCAGCGGCGCCUGGAGCGGCAUGAUCGGGGAAGUCAUCAGAGGGGAGGCCGACCUGGCGGUGGCUCCGCUGACCCUCACCGCGACCAGAGAGACGGCGGUGGACAUGACCACGCCCUUCAUGCAGACGGGCAUCAGCUUCCUGCUGCGCAGAGACUCCGCCUCCGAGGAGAGCGGCUUCAGCGUGCUGGCGCCGUUCUCCACCGACAUGUGGGUCGGCGUCCUGGUCGCCUUCCUGCUGACGGGCCUCUGCAUCUUCCUGGUGGGCAGGAUCAGUCCCACUGAAUGGGCGGAGCCCGACACAGAGGAGCACAGCUUCACACUGCUGCACAGCUUCUGGUACAUCACUGGAGCUCUCACCCUGCAAGGUGCCGGUCCUCACCCGAAAGCCGCGUCCGGACGUCUGAUCGGCGCCACCUGGUGGCUGUUUGCCGUACUGCUUCUGGCCUGCUACUUCGGCAACUUAAGCUCCUCGUUGCACUCCGGCGACAAACACGUCUCCAUCCGGACCUUUGAGGACCUGGCCAACCAGGACGGGGUGGACUACGGCACCGUGGAGGCCGGCUCCACCAUGUCCUUCUUCAAGAAUUCCAACAACCCCGUGUACCGGCGCAUCUACGAGCACAUGGAGCGCAAGAAGAGCUACGUGUCCAGCAUGGGGGAGGGCGUGCGCCUCGCUCAGGGCGGGAACUUCGCCUUCAUCGGCGAGGCCGUGUCCCUGGACCUGGCGGUGGCUCGCCACUGUGAGCUGAGACGCUCGGAGGACGCCAUCGCCAUGAGAGCCUACAGCGUCGCGGCGCCUCUGGGCUCCCCGCUGGUCAAGAACCUGACCGUGGCCAUCCUCCAGCUCAGUGAGUCGGGCGAGCUGGCGUACCUGCGUCAGAAGUGGUGGGCCAGCAGCUGCGUGGCCGGCGACCGGGCCCACGGCGCCGAGGCCCUGCGGCCCCACGAGCUGCGGGGCCCCUUCCUGCUGCUCGCCCUGGGGCUCGGCGCCGGGCUCCUGCUCGCCCUGCUGGAGCUCGUCUCCAGGGCCCGCGGCCGGGCGAAGGAGAGCAAGAAGUCGUGCUGCUCGGUGAUGACGUCAGAGCUGAACCGGCGGUUCGGCUGCAAGGCGGCGAGCGGCGAGCAAGACGAGCCGGACAGGAGCAAAGCCUGAAGGAAGAGUUCACAUGUCGGAGACGAGGAGCCUCCGCCACUAACUUCCUUUGUUUCCAUAGUGACAGCCAUGUGUUGUGUUGACCACAUGGGGCUAGCAGCUAGCGGCUAGCAGCUCGUUGUACCGCGUAGAAGAAGCCAAGAGACUUGUGUGUUGUAGGAUAUCCACAUCACCUUACUGACUUACUUUUUGAACUGGAAUAGUUUUAUAACAGUUUGUAUUUGCUUGUAUGUUCUAAAUAAAAACUACAAUAUCCCAAA